UUGGAAUUGUGCAGAUCAGAUUUCUCUCAUGCGCUGCCAGUUGCCAACUCUCCACAAAGCCGCAGGCUCUUGCUGCCAAUCACAUGGGAUAGCCACCAAAGAGAAUUUUCAUGGGCCAAACCAAGAGCUCCUUGUAGUCUAGCACCUUUUCUCCCUCCAAAUGACCAGGUGUCUUUCAGGCGCACUUCAUUUUGAGAACCGACACAAGAUCACUUCCCCCCCUUUAAAUCUGAUGUUUAAAAAUUCUUUCCACAGCACUGGCAACACUGUGUACCUCCAUGGCCAUCACUGGUUCUUUGCAGGACUAACAGUUCCUUCCAUGUCUUUGUUCAGAGGCAAAGGGGGCCAUGUGUAGAAUGGGAGCCAAGGGAGGGCCAUCGUAGCAAGAUAUCAGGGCAUGGCAGAAGGAGAGGAAGGUGGUGAUACCAGAGCCCCACCUGUCCGCCUCUGGGUGCGACGGACAGGUGUCUAUUGCGACGAAACCCAGAAAACAUGGCUGGUGGCAACCGAAGAGGAGGCAGGCAUGCUAAAAGCCCGGAUCAGAAGAGUCCCGGUCCCCUUAGGUGUGGGGAUACGUCCCAGCCGCCUGCCUGAAUCACAGCUGCCCCACAUGUGGCAGCUUUCAGAGGGGCAGCAGUACAGGGACAGCAACUCCCGCAUCUGGGACAUUGAACACCAUUUGCAAAUCAUGGGAGUGGAGGAGCUGUUGCUGAAACUUCUGCCAAGUGAUUAAAUCUGGAGCUGUGACUCUAGGAUGAUGUUCCCGUUUGUUUUUAUGUGGUCACUCCCAGCACCAAAAUGCCGCUGCCUUAGAGGCGGAGUGUGGCAGGCAUUUCUUGUCGGGGCUCACGCCACACCAUCU